UCCGUCAGUAGGGGGCAGUAUAAGCCAGUAAACACCGGAUGUGCGGGACCAAAGCGCGCCAUUCGUCGAAGAAGCAGAAACUCCUCUUUCAUGGUGUGGUCAGACGCUAUCUGUGCCAAAAAGCACGGCAUUGCAGCUUGCCCCGUAAAAGACAUCGGUUCGUUUGUGCCCCAUUCGUGGAAAGGGUGACAAAGUAAAGUCUCAACUCGGCGGUACUGUCGAUAUCAAAGCAAGGUGCCACAGAAGGGUCCACGCUGAAGUGAACAUCCAUUCUCGGUUUCAUUAUGGAUCAAAAAUAUCGUCCAAAGCCUCUGAAAUCCAGCCCGGGCGUCGGUUUAAGCACUGGCGGGAUCUGCUUUUGCUGUGAGCAGAUCUUUUCCAGUCGGACAUUUUUGGAGGAGCACAUCUGCCCCUCUGCAAAUCACAUCUGCUCCUGCGGGACCGAGUUCAGCAAAUAUGCCGAUAUGCUGAUCCACAACAGUACUCACGAACCGGGACAGCAGGUGCUGGAUCACGAAACGAUAAGAAAGCGCAGAUUUCAGAAGCACAUUGAAGAAGAGGAGAAGCUGAAACGAUUCAAGUCAGGUCAAGUCGUCUGGAAUUCACAAAAAGCGGAUGGUGGUCCCACAACUUCUUUGGGGCAGCGAUCACUACAAGCACCUGGGGCAUCCGCUUCCUUGCUUCCAAAUCCCAAGCGCCCCGCGCAGAUUUCCCAAGUGCCUGCCUUGAAUCCGUCGUCAUCCUUGUUCUCAAAGCCUCGCCAAAAAGGAAUAGACAUGAAAAACAUGUUUUCCGGGGUAGGCUCACCAACAGUGGAUCUUUGGACACUAUACCAACCUGUGGUGUUGGUGCAGACAGUCCGCAAGUUUAACAAGUGGAAGCCGUACACUUGCGCUAAAUGCGGCGAGGGCUUCAUCACUAAGCGCACGCUUAUUUCUCACGCUAGCAUCCACGUCACGGAUAAAGUUUCCGGCUGUAUUGGAUGUGGGAUGCUGCUUUGCAGCAGAAAGUUAGUGCCUCGCUUCCAUGAUUGUAACUCCCCCAUCACUCAGACCAAAUUGAAACUUGUCACGGCCAGGCCGCUCAAUUACAAGAGCCCUAUUCCGUCAAUCGACCUGACUCAGGAGUCGCCGAGGCAUCACCUGACGUCCGCCGUCAACAGGAACAAAAGCAGCCAGGUGCUUCAAGUCACUUCAGCUCUGCAGUUGAAAAAUCUAAACGUCCGAACAUACAGCAGAUCCGCUCAGGGACCUCACGCCUCUAUGUCCCAGCAGAUGAAAAAGCAGAAUUCUCUCGUCAACGCGCCUCAUAACACAUAUGCGUCCAUCAAAAGCAAUUGGAAGCAUUCUUCCACAUCUGCAGCGAUGAGCUUCCUCAGCCAACCAAUGCAAACCCCCUCAGAUGGAAAUGAGUUCAAAUGUCGAGUGUGUUACAUCCCCUUCGAAAGCACCAUGCAGCUCCAGAGGCACAAGUGUGCCAAAGCCAAGGAGUUCAUGGCCAAACACGGGCGGCUCGGCAAGCUCAUCAAGCCCAGGCGCGUCAACGUGAUGCCGGUUCCUAAUCCUGACGUCACUCAGGUCAACGGUGAGAGAAAUUGCACGUUCCCAGUCGGCGGCACGAAAGAACAGGUCAGCGCCGACAAGGGGGAAGGUGCUGCUGAUGCGGACGCAGGAGGGGAUCUGGAAGACGAUUGUUACAUUGUGGAAAGCCAACCAGAGAAACCUGCUGAAGUGAUCUACCAGGUUACCUCAUCUGUCCCAAUUAAAACUUGACCAGUAUACAUGUCCAACAUUGAGCUAUUAUUGGCCCAAAUAUCAUCUGGUUGUGUCCAUUCCAAAGGAAUAUCCUGUUUUCUGACACUUUUUGAACUUUUAAAAAUCCUUGUAUGCGUGUAGAUUGGAUAGAACUAAAUAUGCAUUUUAAAUUUGCUGGACCCACACUAAGACAAACAUCCACCAAAAAAAGUUAUGUAUAUUUACCAGUGUAUUUAUACUUUCAAGUUAUGAUGAUGAUGGAUUAUGUGAUCAAAAUGUGUGUGGUUGCACCAUGUUUCAAUACAGCAGCAAGGCAAUGUAUAAUAGUUUUCUUGUUCUUUUCUUUCCUAAAUAUGUUUUAGCGUUAUCCGAAUGUGUUAGGUUGUAUGAAUUCACCUCCAUGGCAUACUACUUCCCUCUGUUGUAUUUCAAAUAAACAUGUAUUAAAAUAUAUUUUCAAAUUC